AUGUUGUCUGACGUUGAUAACCCUGGACCUGGAUUUGAGUAUUUUUUAAGCACUCCUUGCGGGAAUUGGAAUCUGCUAGAAUAUUUCGAGGCAUGGACUGCCAACUACGGUUUGGAUAAGGCGAAUCUAGUAAGGAGAUUCAACACACAGUUACAGAUAGUAAGAGAGCACGGCACAGACGAAGAAAAGAGGAAUGCAAUGCGUCUUGAGCUGCAGUUCAAGUUUGUCAUUGUAUGCUACCCAUGGGACUUCGUCUCCGCAUGGUUAUGGACUUCGUCUCCGCUGCAGGCUGCAGCUACCCAUGGGACUUCGUCUCCGCAUGGUUAUGGACUUCGUCUCCGCUGCAGCCAACUUACUGAUUUUGCAGUCAAUUUCCUAAUAUAG